GUAUAGGAUCACUUUGCAAUUAGUUAUCACAUAUCAUUAAUAGCGUACAUUCUUUUUUCAAGUCGUGUUUCAAGUUUUUAUUACACCUGUGGUGCCAGUUGUCCUUGAAGUGCCGCCGCGCCGAAAUCCGUCUGAAAUCGCACAUAAGUUAAGUGAUGGCAGGCCGCUGCGUUGCUUAGCCGUUCAGAGUAUCCUUGGAGGCCGAGUACUCGAGUGUAGCAUGUGUGCUUGUGCCGAUUCGUCCUUGUCUUUGGGAUAGAGAUAAGUUGAGUGAUGGCAGGCCGCUGCGUUGCUUAGCCGUUCAGAGUAUCCUUGGAGGCCGAGUACUCGAGUGUAGCAUGUGUGCUUGUGCCGAUUCGUCCUUGUCUUUGGGAUAGAGGAACGAUGACCCCUCACCCCCGGGACUCGGCCUGAGAGAUGGCGCGUGCGGCUGCCGUCUGCCUAUUCACAGCUCAUUUCCUGGCCUGCAUUAUUGUAUGCCGUCAAGAUAGCACUAACAAUCGACCACGAGACCAAAGUACUGUCUCGGAAUCUUCUAGAAGAUUUAGAACAGAGUUCCUCGAAGACUGGCCACAGACACCCGGAGCUCCAUACUUUGACCCUAGUACGCCUGAAAACGUGACCGGCCUAGUUGGACACCCGGUCACACUGCUGUGCAAAGUGAAGAAUCUGCAGAAUAGAACUGUAUCAUGGGUCCGCCACCGCGACAUCCACCUGCUAACAGUGGGCCGCUACACGUACACGUCGGACCAGCGGUUCGAGGCGCAGCACAAGCCGCGCUCCGAGGAGUGGGCGCUGCGCAUCCGCAGCCCGCAGCGCCGCGACUCCGGCCAGUACGAGUGCCAGAUAUCCACCACGCCGCCUAUAGGACACGCUGUACAUCUUAAUAUUGUAGAACCCGAGACAGAGAUCAUGGGAGGUCCAGACCUGUUCAUUUACGCCGGGUCUACAAUAAACCUGACAUGUAUUGUCAGACAUACUCCAGAACCGCCUAACACUAUUAAUUGGACGCAUCGAGGGAAGACGAUAAACUUCGACUCGACGCGUGGUGGUAUAUCCUUAGUCACUGAAAAGGGUAUACACAGUAGUAGUAGACUACUAGUACAGUCGGCACGGACGACAGACGCCGGCACGUAUCAGUGCGCGCCGGACAACGCGCAGUCAGCGACAGCAAGAGUUCAUGUACUCACUGGGGAAACUCCCGCAGCGAUGCAGGGAAGUGCGCAGUGGGCAAGCAGUUUCGAUCUACAAACAUUAAUAAGCAUCGCAAGUGUCAUAUACUUUUUCAUUGUGUAAAUAAUACUUACAUACAUUAUCAAGGACUGUGUUGAAAAGUGAGAAUGUGGAAAUACUUUAAAAGUGAUAUGUGUACAUACGAGUGAUAAAAAUUGUUCUAUGGUUUUUGAUUGAUCAAUCGAAUGUAGAACGAGCGUUACGCAAUGGAAGGACUGUUUGUAAAAAUAAUAGUGUUGUAAAAAAUAUUUCAAAGUUCGAAGCCCGCUGAUCCUGAUUGUCAGUUGUUAACCAAACGUCAAUCGUUUUGUAAAAUUGGGGUUAGUCGCCGAUGCGAAUUUUUACGUUCCAUUAUUUUUGACACGUUCUAUCUAUGUUAUGUACUACAAUAUUUUGCUCUUGACUUUUGUAAGCUUAAAUAAAAAGGUUAUGUUUAUCUAAGCGAUGUUUUUGAACCUUUGAAUUGCUAUAAUUUUGCCUCGGUAAAUUGAAUUUGGUACUGUCAGUUUUUGAUAAGAGCAAUUGAGUAUGAAAACUAUUUGAUGUACGUUUGUUAUUUCUUUUUUUGUUCUAUAUUACAUUUGUAUUCAUGAUAAAUUUGCUU